UCCCCUCUAACGCCGCUCACACUCUGCAGUCUUCAGAGGCCAGGUCAGUAAUAGGCACACUCAUAUUCGUGAUUGUUUUAAAUCCCAGGUUGGUCGUUCUGCUGCAAAGUAACUUUGGGAGCACGCAAAAAAAAAAAAAGGCCCACAAAACCCUCAACAUUCUUUGCAGACCUACGUUUCCGGUUGGCUUGUUGCCGUGGUAACGAGCACGCACAACCACGGCAGCGGUUAUGGCACGGCUGGGCGGUGCGCAGAUCCCCGACGGGGAGUUCACCGCGGUCGUGUACCGGCUCAUCCGGGAUGCCCGCUACGCCGAGGCCGUGCAGCUGCUGGGCGGAGAGCUCCAGCGGAGCCCGAGAAGCCGCGCCGGCCUGUCGCUGCUGGGCUACUGCUACUACCGCCUGCAGGAGUUCGCGCUGGCCGCCGAGUGCUAUGAGCAGCUGGGUCAGCUGCACCCGGAGCUGGAGCAGUACCGCCUUUACCAGGCCCAGGCCCUAUACAAGGCCUGCCUUUACCCAGAGGCCACCCGCGUCGCCUUCCUCCUCCUGGACAACCCCGCCUACCACCACGGGGUCCUCCGUCUCCAAGCCGCGAUCAAGUACAGCGAGGGCGAUCUGCCCGCGGCCAGGAGCCUGGUGGAGCAGCUACUGAGUGAGGAAGGAGGAGAAGACAGCGGGGGCGAGAACGAGCUCAAUGGCCAGGUCAACCUGGGCUGUUUGCUCUACAAGGAGGGACAUUAUGAAGCUGCGUGUUCCAAGUUCUCUGCUGCCUUGCAGGCUUCGGGCUACCGGCCUGACCUUUCCUACAACCUGGCUUUGGCCUAUUACAGCAGCCGGCACUACGCCCCGGCGCUGAAGCAUAUCGCCGACAUUAUUGAGCGUGGCAUCCGCCAGCACCCAGAGCUGGGUGUGGGCAUGACCACUGAGGGCAUUGAUGUUCGAAGUGUUGGCAACACCUUAGUCCUUCACCAGACCGCUCUGGUGGAAGCCUUCAACCUCAAGGCCGCCAUAGAAUACCAACUGAGAAACUAUGAGGCGGCCCAGGAAGCCCUCACGGAUAUGCCUCCGAGGGCAGAGGAAGAGUUAGACCCUGUGACCCUGCACAACCAGGCGCUAAUGAACAUGGAUGCCAGGCCUACAGAAGGGUUUGAGAAGCUACAGUUUUUGCUCCAACAGAAUCCCUUUCCCCCAGAGACCUUUGGCAACCUGUUGCUGCUCUACUGUAAAUAUGAGUAUUUUGACCUGGCAGCAGAUGUCCUGGCAGAGAAUGCCCAUUUGACUUACAAGUUCCUCACACCCUAUCUCUAUGACUUCUUGGAUGCCACGAUCACUUGCCAGACAGCUCCUGAAGAGGCUUUCGUUAAGCUUGAUGGGCUAGCAGGGAUGCUGACUGAACAGCUCCGGAAACUCACCAUACAAGUGCAGGAAGCAAGACACAACAGAGAUGAUGAAGCUGUCAAAAAGGCAGUGAAUGAAUAUGAUGACACCCUUGAGAAAUAUAUUCCUGUGCUGAUGGCCCAGGCCAAAAUCUACUGGAACCUUGAAAAUUAUCGAAUGGUGGAAAAGAUCUUCCGCAAAUCUGUGGAAUUCUGUAAUGAUCAUGAUGUGUGGAAGCUGAAUGUGGCUCAUGUUCUGUUCAUGCAGGAAAACAAAUACACAGAAGCCAUAGGUUUUUAUGAGCCCAUAGUCAAGAAGCAUUAUGACAACAUCCUGAAUGUCAGUGCUAUUGUGCUGGCUAACCUGUGUGUUUCAUAUAUUAUGACAAGUCAAAACGAAGAAGCCGAGGAGUUGAUGAGGAAGAUUGAAAAGGAGGAAGAGCAGCUCUCCUAUGAGGACCCAGAUAAGAAAAUCUACCAUCUCUGCAUUGUGAAUUUGGUGAUAGGGACGCUCUAUUGUGCCAAAGGAAAUUAUGACUUUGGUAUUUCUCGGGUUAUCAAAAGCUUGGAACCUUAUAAUAAAAAACUGGGAACUGAUACCUGGUAUUACGCCAAAAGAUGCUUCCUGUCAUUACUAGAAAACAUGUCAAAACACACCAUCAUGCUUCGUGACAGUGUUAUUCAAGAAUGUGUCCAGUUUCUAGAACACUGUGAACUUUAUGGCAGGAACAUACCUGCUGUUAUUGAACAACCCCUGGAAGAAGAAAGAAUGCAUAUUGGAAAGAAUACAGUCACUUAUGAAUCCAGACAACUAAAAGCUUUGAUUUAUGAGAUUAUAGGUUGGAAUAUGUAGUAAUGUCUGACAGUGGCCUUAUCAUAAUGGCUUUACAUCUGUUUUUCACUCUUUUAUCUGUAUUUAGCUAUUGGCCUCUUUAGAUUUAUUACAUGUUGAACUUCGUACACUUUAAAAUUAUAAAACUAACUAAUAUUUUGUUUUUAAAAUCUUCACAAAGUGAAAUAUAAGAACUUUGACACCUAGAAAGACUUAUGAAAAAUUCAAAACUGCAUGGGGACACUAUUUCUAUUAGAAAUUGUUAGCACCUAUGUUCCAUCUCCUUUGUUAUCAUUUGUACUUUGUGCAUUUUGAAAGUCCCCUGCACAAGGAUUAUGUUAUCCAGGGACUUGGCACUAUCAGGCCCAGAACUCAGUAGUUAAGGUAUAGGAUUUCUAGGCUUUUAAUAAGAACCUCAGGGAUUGUGUCCUAUUCUCACAGCCUACCCUCAUUAUUAUAUUAAUUUUAAUGCAUACAUAUUAGAUAGCCCUUAGGGUGUUUUGUCAGGGUUUUUCAAUAUAAAUGUAAUGCUUUAUGUAACCAAAAUACGUUAUAAAUGUUUGGUGUUUUUUUUUUUUUCAAACAUUCAAGAGUCACUGGGAGAUCUUAUACCCUUAACAAAAUUAUGGUGCUGUGGUUUAGAAACAAUAAACAAUUGUCAAAGCAAGAAUUUUACAUGGUUUUCUUUGGUUCCGUUUGUUAAUAAUUUGAAUACAUGAACAAGAUAUAUUUACUGUUUUUUCAUAACUGUGCUCUUAUUUAACAAUGAGGAAUAGCAGAGGUAUCGUGAGAACUGUUUUCUUAAUUCCUACCUUUGUGUUUGCAAUUUAGGAUAUGUUAAUGCUGGAGUUGUUCCUGUGUGGUGGCCUCUCAGAUCUAAUGUGGACACAAUGAAGUACAAAGGAUGUGACAGAACUAUGCAAGAAUGGAUUCAGAGGUUGUCCAUCAGUCAAUACUACGCCCAGUCAACAGAUCACAUCAGAAAAUGCAGCACAAGAUGAGUUUACGAGUAUAUUGAAAAAGAAAGAGACAUGCCCCUGAAGGCAAACACAGGCAAAAGUAAAUGUGAUGGCAUUUAAAGACUUCAUUUGUUUUUCUGAUAGGGUAGCACAGGAAAUCGGAGCAGCAAGCUUUAGCAAAGGAUUUCAGUCUGGCAGCUGGCGAUGUUAAAUCCAAGUAGACGUCAUUUGUAUGUUUAAUGUUUGUCUGGCAUAAACGCUGAUUCAUUGAAAAAA